AUCAGUCAAUGUUUAAAAAUCAUUUGAGAAGGUUUCUCUAAAUAAUAAAUUAAAAAAGGAGUUUAAAUUAAAAACAUCAACAAAAUUUAAAAGAAAUUUAUGCUAAUAAAGAAUUAGUUAAAUUAUUCAGAAAUUAAUAUCAAUAGGAAUAAAAAUAAAAGAAAUUAAUCAUGUCAAGUGUUAUGCAAUAUAUGGCACGCAGACGCUUUGUGAUCGUCUCGUCAAUCUUAUUACUGCUGAUAUCAAACUCAGUUACGUGUCGACCUUCAACACAUAAGUCCAACAAACUUCAAUCCAUAGGAUUCCAGAAAGCUUACGACACUUCGGCAGAAGAUAGUCGAAUCGAAAUGUGUAAUCAAGACGUAAAUUUGAACGAGAUGUGCCAGAGGUGCGAGAAAAGCAUGGAAAGUAAAACCGGUGAUGUGUUCGCCAUGUGCUGUUCAAACGAAGACCAAGCGACCGAUUUUUGUCGCAAAUAUGUAUACUAUGGAGUGACGACCUAAACGAGCAUCUUAAAUCAUGCUGACCUUUUCAGCUGAGAAUUAUUUAUUAAACUUUUCAUUUGAACCUUAAUGUGCAUCACAUGAAAGUGUGAUCGGUUAAAUAUAAAAAAUGAUUACUGUGAUAUUUGUCAUGUUACCUUCAUGGUGCCACAUUUAUAAUUACGUAGUUCUAAUAGAAUAUCAAACUAUUUUAAUCAUAAACAAUUAAAUAUUUCAAUUCUCACAAUUUGUCAUUGGAAAUAUUUGUUAAAUAUUUUAUUUUUCUUUUGGAAAUCGUUCCGGAUGUAAAGUUAAACUAAGUAAAUAGUUCGCUCCAAUAAAUUUUUAUAGUCUUGUUGAUGAAACCAAAAA